AUGAAACGGGUCAAGAAUAGGUUGGAAGAGAGUAAAAUAAAACUUGAGUACACACAAGAAGCAGUGGACCACCUUGCUCAGCUAGGGUUUGACCCCAACAAUGGGGCAAGACCGGUGAAGCGAGUUAUUGAGAAGAUUGUGAAGAAGGAGAUCGCCAACAAAGUUCUGAAAGGAGAAUUUUCUGCGGAUGACACUAUUCUUCUCGAUGUUGACCAGACAAGCAAUGAACUGGUCAUCAAGAAGCUCGGGAGUGAUGCUCCUGUUGAAGAAAUGGCUGCUUGA